AUGCAGGGUCUUGCGGAUGGUCCCGUCAAGACUCACCUGUUCCGGCUUGAACUAGAUUCACUAGAACAAGCCAUUUCCAUUGCGGAGCAGGAAGACUUCAGUCUGAGACAGGCUCGCGCCAGCUCGACAUCAUAUCGUCAACCAAGACGAUAUGACAGCGGAGGUCCAGAGCCGAUGGAACUCUGUUAUGUAGAGAGCGAGAAGGCUCGCUCUACAGGCUACAAGAAGUUGCAGAAAUGCAACAGAUGUCAAAAGACAGGACACUACGCUUACGAGUGUAGUGCCCCUCGUCCAGUGUCUCGCAACACUGGGCGUAGUGACCGUCCACCCAUGAGAAAGGGGCAGGGACGCGGGUCCGCUGUUGGUGCAAAGACGCAACAACGGGAUGGACCGUAA